CGGCGCGCGGACUGACUGAGCAGCUGCGCUCUGGUGGAGACCAGAGAGACCGGAGAGACCAGACAAGGGAGCCGGACGCUCAUCCACCUCCCGCCGACAUCGAUCUGGACACGGAGGGACACGGAAAGCCGCGCGAACGCGCACAAAGUUGGAGGGGGAGACGCGCGGCGCGCUGUCCGCUCCUCCUGCUGCCGCUCGCGGAUUUAAUGCCCCCCACGAGGAGGAAACUUGUCAAAUUCGCCCUCUGAUCAUCGGCGGGAUUUACAGACGAAACUGCCCGCGCUCGAGGUGCCGCUCUCUCUUGACGAGGAGGAGGAGGGGGGGCAAAAAGCUGCUGAUCGCCCCCCAGGAGUUCUCGCGCAUCUUUCGGGCGACCGACACGUGAGGAUGCGCCCGUGUGCUAGGAAAAAGCAACACUGUGAAACAAGGAACCAACUGGAUGCAUUCUUCAUAACGUUCGCCGCCAGUACCAGAAUGGACGAAGGUUACGGUUGUCCCCGGCGUCCCCUCCGCAAUACACCCGCCACACUCGAAGCCCCUCCCUGUGUUUGAAAGGCUGCUCGGGCAAGAUCCAAGCACUGAUACCAUGAACCACACGGACCAUGCGGGCAGCCUGCUGGGCCCUGCGGUCGAAGAGUACCGGCGUCGGCCCCUUCUGCUCCAAGUAGAGGAUGGCCUCCCAAGCCUGUUUGCUGUGUUGGAAGCUCGGCAGAGGCAAAAAGGCCGGUCGACCUCACCACAGCCCCAUCGCCGAUGGACCACCCUAGGCUGCCUGCGUAAGGCUAAGCUCUACAGCUUUGUCCUCGGGCUGGCCGCAUGCUUUCUGGUCAUGGCCUCCUAUAUUCUGACGGGUGAUAAGAAAGGGCUGCUCUUGACACCUUCCCCAUACCAUUUCACCUCCUUGGUUGACCAGGGACCCUUCACUUUGAACCUCUCUGUUGCCAAGGACUAUGCCAGUAUCAAACUGGUUGUGAAGACCAUAGUUUCCAAGGUGGAGUUCAGCUCCAGACAAGUUCCAGACCUGAAGGACUUGAUCCAGAGCGAGCCACAUCUGUUCUCUGUCAUCCCUCGCCAGUUCUUGCCAAACGUCAAGAACCCAUGUUGGUAUGAGGAGCAUUUGGGGAACUUGUCCUCUGACCCGUAUGGGUCCAACCUGUAUGCGCGGUACUCCAGGCGUUUCCGGACUGUCUUUGACUACCUGAGGAGCGCUUUCCGGGAGCACCUUCAUCACCUUGGCGAGAGGCACUACCGCAUGCGCUGCUUGCCCUACUUCUACAUCAUUGGACAGCCCAAGUGUGGCACCACUGACCUGUACGAUCGGCUGCGGCUGCACCCAGACGUGCGUUUCACUACGUUCAAGGAGCCGCACUGGUGGACCCGGAAACGUUUUGGAAUCAUCCGGCUGAGCGAGGGUUUCCACGACCGCUACCCUGUCGAAGAUUACUUGGACCUCUUCGACCUGGCAGCCUAUCAGAUCCAGGAUCAUAUGCUGGGAAACGCUUCUGGAAGCCACGAGCAGCGCAACAUUAUCAUAGGUGAAGCCAGUGCCUCCACCAUGUGGGACAACAAUGCCUGGGUCUAUUUCUAUGACAAUGCCACAGACAGGGAGCCCCCAUUCCUGGUGCAGGACUUCAUCCAUGCUGUUCAGCCGAACGCCAAGUUCAUCGUCAUGCUGAGAGACCCCGUGGAGAGGUUGUACUCCGAUUACCUCUACUUUGGCAUUGCCAACAAGUCGACGGAGGACUUCCACGAGCGCGUCUCUGAGUCUCUGCAGCUGUUUGAAGGCUGCUUGGCGGAGUUUCCCAUGCGCGCAUGUGUGUACAACACCACCCUCAACAAUGCCAUGCCUGUCAGACUGCAAGUGGGGCUCUACAUAGUGUACAUCCUCGACUGGCUGACCGUCUUCCGUAAAGACCAGAUCCUCGUGCUUCGCCUGGAGGAUCACGCCUCGAACCGGAAAUACACCAUGCACAGAGUAUUCGAUUUCCUCAGCCUCGGAGGCCUGACGGAGCAGAAGGAGGCGGAAAUCACCAAAAGCCCGGCGUCCAACAUGAGGAGGCCGGCGGACAGGAGCCUGGGGCCCAUGCUUCCCAUCACCAGGGAGAUCCUGCAGGAGUUCUACUCCCCGUUCAACGAGAAACUGGCCAAAGUGCUCCGCAAUGACUCCUUCUUAUGGAGAAGCCACACGAGGUGGGCAUAGAGAAAUCCCGCACGGCGCGCAUCGGACGUCCCUCGAAUGAGAGCGACGCCAGUGGGAUCCCUCGUGCUUUUCUUUAAAUUAUUCCAAAUAAAUUAUAAAGGAGAGAGUGACCUCUCGCACACAAUGGCACAACACCUAUUAUCUGAUGCGUUAAGAUCUCGUUUUAUACGUUUCACGCAGAAGUAUUUUUCCCGCGUCCCUCCCGAAUCGUUUUUAACGGCUCUGCGUUAAACGAGAUGCUACGCGAAGACCGAGGACUUUGGAACCGCUUUUUUUUUUUUUCUUUUUCCCUCCCCAUGACGAUCUUGCUCUCAAGGAUGUUCCAGUUCCAGAAGUAGUGCGCCGGUCCUACAUUCCUUUAAUAAGACGCACAACUCGGUUCGAUGGUUUUCAAAGGUCACGCACUCGGAAAAUAGAUCACUGCUCACUUUUUGCUCUCAUACGUGCACCAUUUGCACAUGAUUUGCUGCAAGUGUGCCCCCUACUGACAGAUAGGAGGAGAAGAGACACAAGAAAAGACUUUUUCAUGAGCUCAGCUGCAGGUCCUGUGGAUUCUAAAGGUACAUGGUA